UGCUCAGAUAAUUUUGGGGGAUGUGGCUAGCCAGAGCAUCUUUUUUGCUCCCCUGCCCGAGCCCGAGAACGGAAUAUCUAUAUUCAACGGCAGUUUCAGACGGAUCGAGGUAGGAAAUCAGGGAAGCAACAUUGAGCUAAUGGACUAUGAUCCCGUUGACAGGAAGGUGUAUUGGAGAAACAGUGAUGCUGUGGUACGCAUCAGCGUAGACACUACCGAGACACCACCGGUGGUAGAGCCCUACUUAAGAGGAACUAUAAGUUCUUUUAGUAUCGACGCAGUGAGGAGGCACUUCUACUUCACGGAUUCCGAUCCAGCUCUAGAUGGCAAAAUAUAUUAUAAGAUGGAUUUGUACUCUACUGCGCCUACUCAAAAUCUCCUUCAGUUGCCCACAAAUUAUUUACGUUUAAGGGUCGAAGUUGACAGCAUCACUGGGUUUCUUUACUACACAUCGCCGAUGUCGAAUAUGUUGGGAGUCUAUGACAUAUCUGCAAGAACCACGAAGGUCCUUCAACCCUUUUAUGCACAGGCGUUCGUAUUCGAGACGUGCCUAACUAGUGGCAGUACACCUCCUUCCAGCCGUCUGUAUUACUACAAGGAUUCCGAGGUGUUAGGUUACACAGAUACGCUCAACAAUGAAAUCCGGACCCUCGGAACAAUGCCUGGUCGAUAUCUUUCGAGACUGGACUUGGCGAAAUAUGGAAGCAAGCUCUUCUUUAUACGAAUUACAUCCGGUUCCAAUAAGCUGGUGGAAUACGACACAAUGUCCUCCUCCCUAGAGGUUUAUGAUGACAUCCAGAUUUCUUAUUCUGUCGCCAACAUCUCCAUGAACCAAAGGAUUAACCCAACAUCUAUUCGGAUCAUCAAUGAUAAUUAUACCGAGGCCGUUUCCAUUGUGGAUUGCCCUAUGGACUUCUCUGUACCCAUCGCCAGCAACUCGACAAACGGUACGCAACAGGUCUCCUGGACUGAACCUUCUUUGAACGCUUGGUCCAACUGUGCUACCUUGGAAUUUCUGGGACCAGGAACCAAUGGAGGCAAUUUCAGCGAGGGGGUUUACAACAUCUCCUACGAAGCCAGUGAUUUGAAAGGAGAUACAGAUAUUUGCAACUUCAUGCUGACAGUUGGAGACGUAGCGGAUGACGCUUCUACCACGGAUUCUUCGUCUACCAGUCCACAAUCUGGCACUACGCCGGAAGAAAACCCCCCUUCCGGAGGUGGCGCGAAAGCUUCGUGUACUGUCGUUCACUUGGUCUUUUCAGUUGCACUUCUCAUAACCCGCUUCAACUAGGCCGUUCAUAUCGUUCAAUAGAGUCAUUCCUUUCCAUUUUUAUGGGCGGUAGGUCACAUGCUUCAAAUACUCUGCUCCUUCAAACAUGAUUAGACCCACGCACAUACAACUCGUUGUGUGCGUCUCAAUUGCAAGCACGCGCAUCAAAGUCUGCAAUCGACACCGAGCACACCUCGGCAGUCCGUAAGUCUAAAUGUUUUGGUCACACUCAGCCGUACAACAGCCUGCGUCGUCCCCGGACUAUUUGAGGAUUAAUGAAUCAAACGUAAACUUGCAGGGCACGCGAGAUGAACAACGAGGGUUUUGGCGGAUAUCUUAUGCGCACCUUUGCGACAAUAUAAACACGUAGCCACAGCCAGCGGUUUUUGUCUCACCUGCAUAGCAGAGUGAGACUAUAGGCGCCGCUUUUCCGACGGCGACGGCGGCGGCGGCGGCGACGGCGACGGCGACGGCGGCGUCAACACCAAAUCUUAACCUGAGGUUAAGUUUUUGAAAUGACAGCAUAACUUAGAAAGUAUAUGGACCUAGUUCAUGAAACUUGGCCAUAAGGUUAAUCAAGUAUUACUGAACAUCCUGCCUGAGUUUCAUGUCACAUGACCAAGGUCAAAUGUCAUUUAGGGUCAAUGAACUUAGACCAUGUUGGGGGAAUCAACAUCAAAAUCUUAACCUAAGGUUAAGUUUUUGAAAUGUCAUCAUAACUUAGAAAAUAUAUGAACCUAGUUCAUGAAACUUAUACAUAAGGAUAAUCAAGUAUCACUGAACAUCCUGCAUGAGUUUCACGUCACAUGACCAAGGUCAAAGGUCAUUUAGGGUCAAUGAACUUUGGCCGAAUUGGGGGUAUCUGUUGAAUUACCAUCAUAACUUUGAAAGUUUAUGGAUCUGAUUCAUGAAACUUGGACAUAAUAGUUAUCAAGUAUUACUGAACAUCCUGUGCAAGUUUCAGGUCACAUGAUCAAGGUCAAAGGUCAUUUAGGGUCAAUGAACUUUGGCCAAAUUGGGGUAUUUGUUGAAUUACAGCCAUAAAUUUGAAAGUGUGUUGGUCUAGUUCAUAAAACUUGGACAUAAUAGUAAUCAAGUAUCACUGAACAUCCUGUGCGAGUUUCAGGUCACAUGAUCAAGGUCAAAGGUCAUGUAAGGUCAAAGAACUUUGGCCACGUUGGGGGUAUUUGUUGAAUUGCCAUCAUAUCUCUAUAAGUGUAUUGGUCUAGUUCAUAAAACGUGGAAAUAAGAGUAACCAAGUAUCACUGAACAUCUUGUGCGAGUUAUAGUAGUUUUCAAAAUCAGCACUGCUGCUAUAUUGAAUCGCGUGAUGCAGGUGAGACGGCCAGAGGCAUUCCACUUGUUUGUUCUUUCUCUCUUUAUUUUUCUUCUUAGUGGAUGGUGCUAAAUUCGUCAUACACCUCGGUGUAUGUAUCCUGCGGGUAGUUUUGUUGAUAACUACUGUGUUGCACGCAUUUGUGCAAUUAUUUCCAUCUUGAACAAAGCAAUAAGAAGAGCUCAAGACAAGUUAGAUUAUGGUUAGCCACCACCUGCACCACUUAGCAUAUACCCACAUGUGUGAUCUUACGUUGCACGUACGGGAAAACGUUCUAUAUCGUUAUACAGCCAUGGGUAAGUAGAAAACUUUCACUGGCUUAUUUGCAUAUCCCCAGAAUCAUAAAAAUAACAAACCGACAAUAACAUAACAAAAAACUAUCUGUGUGGCUACGCGUUCUUAUACCCCCCCCCGGCUAUGUUAUCUUAUAAACGCAAGUGAUACGCACGGGCAUCGUAAUUGAUAUAAAUGUUCGUUGAACGGAUACGCAGAUAUAGCAGGUCACCUGGGUGUUUUGGCUUGAAUGGAGCCUUGGAAGGCAACACUUGGGUUGCAUGCACAUUCACUGUGCCUUGCAGGCGGGAGGGGCUCCGGUUCGUCUCAUAAUAAAUGGACCUUGCUAAUGAGUACGUUGGUGUUAACCAACUAGAACAUACAGACAGGUGGAUGGCUUGAUGUUACCAGGUUCGAGCCACACAAUUUGGCCAACAUUUUAUCCAAGGCUGCGAUGCACGUGCGCGCAAAGAUGCAAGAUGUGAUUCGAUCAGAGCGUACCCUUUUGCACGCCACAAGGAUUUUCUCAAAAAUUAGCCGUAGGAUACAAGUACAAAGGUUCUCGGCUCUUUGUGAUCAAUUUUUAAAUGAGUGUCAAGUGAACUCACUUUAUUCUUAUUUUUUGUCUUCUAAUCCAUCUUGAAACUACUGAAUGACUUUGAACGAACGUCGUGACAAUUUUGCGCCUAAUUUAUAUUCUUGAAGAAAAAAAAUUGUAACCAAUCAUACAGGUACCUAGUCUCAAAUCACGCUCUCGGGUUACUGUGAACAGAAUUUCGUUUAUUUGAUUUUAUUUAGCUUGGUACUUGUUCAGCAAGGAAUUUGCACAGUUGAACUAACAUGUUAAUACUUCGGCGAACCAGGGUGAUAUUAUAGCAACUUAAUAUUUAAUACAAUAAUGUUAGGGGUACCAACGAAACUGUUGAUGUUUACCAUUGUAUUAUUUUUAUUAUAACACCAUCGAUUUACUAAUAUGUCUCAGUUUUAAUCGAUAUCACUAAGAAGUUUUAUCAAAUGAGUGCGGCGAAAUACUUUGCUAGUACGAAAUGGUACAACGAAAUUAUUUGUGUGAUUGAUUAAUUAAUAGGUAGGUCUUAUGUACAUGGAAUGAAGUAUUUAGUAGCUCUUUACACACAAAUUUAAUUUUGGCAGGGAUGUGUUAUCAUAUAGUUCGAUUUUUCUAGUUUUAAGCCUUUUUAUGACUAAUGUAUAUCUUUAAUUCAUAUUAAUCAUUAGUCGAAUUCAUUUCUUUACUUUGGAAACAAAAUAAGACAAAAUAUUUACAAUUGUUCUGAUUUACAUCAUCGCAAAAUAACAUGUAUUGGUGUGGUUACACCUUUCUUCUGAUAUCAAAUUCCCCCAACAUAUCAUAUAUAUAACUAGCCGCUAGAGUCAAGGCAUUUAUCUUCUUGUCUUACGCGCCUAAAUGUAUGAUAAUAUGUACAAUUAAAAGAAAAUCAACCCUUUAUUGUACCAAACAAGUCAUUUGAGAGGAUUUGUGGAUCACAGGAAAUGGCGUGGCUAAAACUGCGUAAAUCCAACAGGUUUGUGAAUUUAGUCAGAAUAUCGACACCAGUUCACAGAAAAUUACAUGCUUGUAACUGUUUUUCUUAUUGUAAAAAAGGAUAGUAUAUUUUUAUCUGGUAUCUAUAACUUUAUAUCUUGUGAAAAAAUAAAAAAAUAUGUUCAUGAUUUAAAUAUGC